AGGUACAAUGGGUGCACUGGUCUGAGGACGGUGGUCACACACCUCUGUGUCACAUGACAAAGAUCUCAAUUACUGACGUAUUAGCACAUGAUUCAACUUCCUUUUAAGCAAAAUCACAUUUUGGCUUGUCACGAGUCCUACAUUUCUGAACAAACAGCAUUCUUCACCUGUGACCAACUGUGCACUGGCUUCUGUCACGCACUGUAUGAAAAAUCUCAGACAGGUGCAGCAUUUGUGACCAUGGAUAAAAACCGCCCAUAACAAUUUGCAUCAACAACAAUACCAUGAUAGCCUGAUAGCAAAGGGACGUGACUUUCAUGGGAGUUAAAGAUUAACCCCAGAGGGAGGGCUGUUGCCUAGAGCCUCUGGCUGCGUUAUAAGAAGCACCAGAGGGUUGGUGGCUGCCUGCAAACAGCAGAGAGACAGCCUAAAAUAUGAGACUUGUCGUAGCAUUAACGUGCUUCCUGGCAGGCUGCCUGGCCCAGAGGCCUCACCCAUGCACCAACAGAUUCAUGAAACACUAUAUAUACUUUUCACACAGAGAGUCCUUCUCUUUUGAGUGGCGCUAUCACUGUGGUAAGUAAAUACAUGUGUAUAAUGACUAAGCAUAAUUACAAAACACUGACAGCCUGUCUGCAGUCUACACAGAAUGAGAAGCUGCUGGUCUAUGUCCAGUACCUGUACGAUGCAAUAGGACAACGGAUACGACUCUGGGAGCAGGGAUCCUACGACAAUAAGACUUUCAUCGCCGACUAUCUGCUGCACUACAGAGAGAGUGCUGUGUACAACAUCAAUGAUUUUAACCACACGUGUGAGAAACUGCCCCUGGAGGCAGACUUCCAGCCCCUGGGGAUCCCCCCGGGUGCGUCUCUGGUGGGUCAGGCGGUUCUGGGCAGCUCGUCUGGACCUGGAGAAGGACUCCUGAUCAACAUCUGGACGGGAGAUCUGCCUGAAAAAGCAGGAAAGUUCUUAAGCACAGUCACAGAAUUUGGAUGCAUUCCUGUGAGCACUUUGUUCCACACUGACCAGUACGGAUGGGUUGUCAUAAGUUUCUUGAACAACAUUGUUGGGAUUUCGGACCCCAGUCUGCUGAACCCUCCAAACUUCUGCCCACAAGCAGAGGUGGACCCUCAAAGGGAACCACAAGACUUCCUCAGUUUGUUCCUUAAAACGAAAUGAGAAUUUCCUAAAACUGUUCUCUUGAUGUGUGAAAUAAAACAGACAGAAGUACA